CCACCACCACAACACCGUCUGCCAGAGCCCACCAGCAUCACUACCAGUACCAGCUAUCCAUCAACCAACCGCCAUCAUGCCGCGCCCACCCAAGAGCAAGGUCGCCGAGAUCGUUAAGCCAGUCAUCGCUGCGCCUGGCCCUGCGAGGGUCAUUGACGUCGACAAUUUCAUCCGUGUCCGCGAUUCGGUCUACCAACGUCUCUCCACCAUCCAGGACUUGAUUAAGAGCUUCAGCCAAGACUACUUGCGUCAGACCAACCUUCUCCUCGGAGAGGGCACCACUCUCGAGAAUGGCGGUGAUCUCGAGCACCUCCAGACCUCCUUAACCGGCAUGCUCCCCGGCUUCUUGGUUGCUCCGCAGCCCAUGGUCGAGGAGAAGAAGGAGCGCAAGAAGCGUACCCACGACCCCAACGCUCCCAAGCGUCCCUUGACCCCUUACUUCCUCUACAUGCAGACUGCUCGCCCCAUCAUUGCCAAUGAUCUGGGCGAGGAGGCCCCCAAGGGUGCCGUUCAGGAAGAGGGCCAGCGCCGCUGGUCCGUUAUGGGUGCUGCCGAGAAGCAGGGCUGGAACAACGCUUACCAGUACAACCUCCGUCUCUACAACGCCCGUGUGCACUCCUACAAGCACGGCAAUGCCAACGCCAAGAACAUGACCGAUGACGAGGCCCUCAAGUAUGCUGAUGAGUAUAAUAUCGAGAUGCCCACUGCUGCUCAGGUCGAGGAGGUCCCCACCGACCAGGACGCCAUUGCUCAGCAGCUGCAGCAGAACGUUGUGCCCGAGGUUUCUGAAGAGAAGGAGGAGCAGCAGCAGCAGCAGCAGCAGCAACCGGUCCCCGUUUCCAAGACCCCCAUCAAGAAGAAGGACACCCGCAGGCGCAAGACUGCCACUCCCGCUGAGGAGGCCGAGCCCGCUAAGCCCGUGGUCGCCCCCGCCAGCCCAGAGAACAAGAAGCGCAAGCGGAAUGUCAAGGCGGCUGAGGUGGAGGAACCUAAGAAGUCGGGGCGCAAGAAGACCAAGGCCUAGAAGCGCUCUUAAUCCAUCUCACGCUUGUCCCUUGCCGGGUUCUUUCAUGAUACCUCGUUGCAAACAACCUGGGUUGUUUUCCUUUUCAUUUUCAUUUCCGUUGUACGAUACCCUCCCUCUAUCAAAGGAAUAAGGGGAGUGCGUAUCCAUGUCAACAAGCGCGGGUCAGCGUCAUGGUUAUUUUCUCUCUGUUAAAGUGGCGGUCUUUGGUUCACUUUACUUGUCCUGUAUGAUUCAAUGAACGGCUAAAGAGGAAUUGGUGGUUCUCCAUCUAACGAAAACAAGCUCGAAACGGAAAAUAUGGGGUUAAGGAUAAACGGAGUCUGCUCUUUUUGCGAAAUUCGGCUGAAGAUAUGAUAUGAAGGCUGUCGCAUGUUGUACUUAUGGCGGUUAGCUCUACAUAGCAUGUAUGGGCCCGGUGGAUGAAUGAAUUUCAGUGUUCGAAUAAUGAUUUGGUCUUUUUGAUGCCGUGGGUACUGGCAGAGCAAAGAGGUCACCCUUUGGUUCACGGAGGAUCAAAUGGAGUUGUGUUUGUCUUUACGCGAUGUUUAAUCAGUAUUAUAUAUGCUCCUGAACUUGAGCUUACGA